AUGAACAACCUUAUCAAGGGCUCCUUGGCGACAUACUGCUGCCUGUGCCUGCUACUGGUACUGAAUGACCCAGCGGAAUCGGCACAACUGUCAACCAGAUUCAACGUGAGCUUCGCCCAGCUGGAUUCCUGCGAAACUUACUCGGUGUCGAAUACGGGCUAUGGCUACCGGAGGUUCUACAUGUUGCGCGAGCUGAGCAACAACAACAGGAAGGCCGGAGAGCGACUGCACUUGAAAUUCUACGUCCUGACCGCCAUGGAUGCGCACAUCCUACUCUCGGUGACGAAUCACCCGCGCCCAAAUGAUCGCGUUUACGAGAUCGUGAUAGGCGCCGGCGGAAAUACGUUUUCCGCAAUCCGGAAUGCCAUGGGAAUGAGGCGGGUGGCCACGAGUCAAGAGCCGAACUUGGUAUCGCUGUACGACCCGACGCCAAUUGAGAUUGUCCAAAACCAGAAUGGCGAGCUGUUUGUUUACAUACCCGGCUUCAAGAAGGAGCCCCUGCUCCACUUCAUCGAUGAAGCACCGCUGGUCAUCAACUAUCUGAGUUUCAGCUCCUUUGGGUCCAAUACGGCGCGGUGGUUCUUCGAUUGUGGCUUCGAUGGUUAUGGGUCGGAAAUUGCACCGAUAGUGAAGGAGGAAACGAAAACGGAAAAACUGCUAAGCCAGCUGAAUAUCCAGGCGGAAAAUGCCAGCAUGCCGGCCAAUCUCAGCUCCAUAUCGUUCCACUUUCAAACGCGAUCCCUCGCCUACGAGCAAACUAGUUCCUUGCUUCAGACCCGCAUGCACAUGAUGAUGCACUGGAGGGACAGUCGACUUGGCUGGAAACCCGAGGAUUUUGGCUCUCUGGAAUCCUUCGAGCAUCCUGACCUUCGUAUAUGGAAGCCGCGCAUGAACGUCCUCAACGGUGCCCUGCAAUCCGUGGGUCAGGUCCUCCAAUCCUACGAGCUGAUGGUCUACGCCAACGGAAGCAUCACCCUGUACGCUCAAAACCUCCAGCUGGCCAGUUGGUGUGUGGACAGUGCUCGAAACUGGCCAAGCGAGCGGGUGACUUGCGACAUCGAGCUGGGCCUCAUUGGCCAGGAGGGGCAGGAGAAUGUGGCGCUAAUCUACGAUGAUCAGCGCAAGCCGAUUGCGCCCAAUGAGCACGUGAACACGCCAUCCGGCUGGUCGUUCACGCAAAUGUCCGUGGUGCUGGUGGAGAACGACUCGCAGAGGCGGUACAGCCCCAAGGGAAUGAUGCAGAAAAUGACCGGCGAUGUGGCCAUUGAGUUCACGCUGCAAAGGAAUCGGAACUUCUACAUGACCGUCUUCUAUUUGCCGUUGAUUGCCUGCCAGAUGUUCGUGAUUUUGUCCUUUGUACUGCGUUCUACUCGUAGGAGUUCCCUCAUCCUCAUCGCCUUGUUGAUUGCCGCCUGGGGUUUAAUGUACAUGACCCGCCACGCCUCCCCGCACUAUGUGCCGCCCAUGAUGACUGCUUAUAAAGUCAUCAUGAUGGCCACCACCUAUUGCUACAUUCUGCACAUCUGCAUCAUAUGGCUGGAUCUAUAUCCACCCAGAUCGAAGGCUCCUGGCUGGCUGGUUACGUUGAUUAACUCCAACGUUCUGCGAUGUGUUCUCGGAUUGAGAUUUUCGGAUUCUAGCGACUAUUGCGACAUUCAGGAGAAUCCCUGGCACCAUAUGGCCAAGAUGCUGAACAACCUGAGUUCAGUCGUGACCAUUAUAACCUUUGCCAUCGUAGAUAUUACGAGUGGGUUUUGAAAAACAGAAUUUUUCUUUAUUGUGCAAUUGAGAGAAUAUUAAUGGUUCUUAAAUAAAUAAGAAGUAAACAGA